AUGCUAUCCUCGCUUAGCCCAGAAUCAGUCGGCUGCAAGGGAGUCACUCUUGCCAGCUUACAUGCUAGUGACUCCCUUGGUCUUGCUUCUGUGUUUUUACUAACAGAAAAGGAGUCUACACUCAAAAUUGCUGAACGGGAGCUUUUGGAAGAAGACCAACCAAAGGGAAAAAAAAGAAAGAGGUUACCCAACAAACUCUACCUUAACACCCAGGAAGAAUCUGUAGGCCUAGUUGCCAAAAAGAAAAACUACAAACUCCUUGCGUCAAGACGGUCUGAAUUAGAGGUUCUCUCCCAAGACGAACCCAUCCUCAGCUCAGAGGACACUGAGACACUUGCGGAUGAGAUCAAGGCUCUCAAGGAAGAAAAUCAAAGACUUCGUGAACAACAAAGUGGAGAAUCUUCUGCAGCCACCAAAGACCUCGAGAGCCAACUCAAAGCUUUGAAUAAAGAAAACACAAGGCUGCGCAAAAUAGCAGUAAAGGAAAUCCCAUCACUUCUGGCGGCUGUUAGGACCCUCAUUGCGGACAAGGUCACCAGCAGCUCCAGCUAUGAAGGGGAAAGUGAAUAUGAGGCCAGUGCUGCUACACCAUCAUCUGCUGCAGCAUCACCUCCUCCACCCGCAUCUCCCACACCUCCCAAAUCAACAACAGUGAAACUAGGGAAUGAUGACUCCACCAGAGUGUCAGCACAUUGCUGGGAGACAGCAAAAGCUCAGGCCACAGCAAAAGGCAUGGCCCGCACCCUCCUGCUGGGCCUAUUCAGUGUUGAAGUUCUACUGAAAUCGAACCUAACCGGAGGGCUUAACAAAGUGGAUCCUACAGCUGAGAGGCGUCAACCCCUAGAUCCAGUCAAGCUGAAAGCUUUACUUGAUGCAGUUGUGCAGAAGCAUCCGGGGGUGAAGAUUUCAGAAAUACGAACGGCCCUUAACAAAAGGAUUUGUGAGUUACGGCACCAGCAGAAGAUAAAGUCCAUGGUCAACUGAGUGAGCAUGUGUGACACUUAACACUUUUGAUUGAUUGUUCCUGUUUUGUUUUUUUUUCCACAAGGGACACUUGCACUGUUGCACUGAUUUUUAUUUUUUAUUUUUUUUAUUUUAUUAUUUUUUACAUCCGUAUUGAAGCU